AUGGUGCGCCGAGCUGACGUCGAUCAACCUUUGGAUGCUCGCAAGGAACUUCUAGCUCUCAGCCGGCAAGCAGCGUGGCAACGUGGGGUGGCACUUCUCUUUGCCUUCGGAGGGGACUCCAUCGGGUACAGCACAACCAUUGCGGCCUGCAGCCGGAAGGAGCUUUGGACCAUCUCCCUGCUGCUCCACCAGAGGAUGGGUCAGCAGCGCGUGCCCGCUGACCAAGUUGCGAUGAACUCCGCCUGCAGCGCGUGCGAACGUGUGGCACUGUGGCAGCGCUGCAUGGAUUUCAGGCUUCGCGAAGAACGAGCCGUGAGCAGCGCCAUCCAUGCGUGCAUGAAAGGCCAUGCAUGGCGCUCCGCCAGCGCACUCCUCCGUGGUGCUUCAGUGCUUCGACUGGCCAUGGAUGUGGCAGCAGCCACUCCCGCUUUGGGCCGCGCGCCGAUGUCCUCGCGGAACUCCUGGCGCCGGAGCCCGUCGAUGCUUUGCGGCUGA